GCUAGAGGCAUUGUUAUAGAGAGGUGAGUUUUUUUUUUUUUUUUUUUCCUGCGGGUAGCGCCAAUCCAAGACAGGUUUUCUCCUCCUCCCCCCCUCUCUCUCUUCCCCUUUCCUUUUCAACUCCCUGCUUGGCUUUUGACCGGCUGAAGGGCCAGCGUUUUGGAGCGUCAGCUGCACACCGUCAAGAUGGGGGCAGAUAGGAGGAGCAACUUGAAGAACCAGCUUUUUGGCGCGUCCGAUUCCGAGGAGGAUUCGGAGGACGACCAUCCCGUCUCAGAACAGGAGGAGGCUGAAGAGGUAGAGGAAGAACUUGGCAGUGAGGGGGGAAUGGAGGGCAGUGGUGAAGAUGGAUACGGAGACGAGCAUGAGGAAGCAAUCGAACCACAAGAAGAUGAAGACAGAGAAGGGCAGGAGGAAGAAGAAGAGGAGGAGGAGGAGCUGGAGAAUGAACAGGAGCAGGAAGAUGAAGUCCGCAGUGAAGGACGACGAUAUGUCCACAGGCGGGACGGCCAUGGCCAAGGGGCUGGCAGCGACGAAGAGGAUACCCACGAACCGCACGACCAGGAAGAGGAGGUGGGAGAGGAGGUGGAAGAGGAGGAUCGUGAGAACGUCCAGGAUGAGAGAGAAGGUGGAGAUGAGAGAGAGGAGGCUGAUGUGGAACGUGAUGGAGACGACGAAGAUGAGCGCUUUGACGAGGUGGAGCCCGAAGCUGAGGCCGAAGCUGAGGCUGAAGCUGAGCCACAGAGCCGUAGACAAUAUAGGGUCGAUGAUGGGGAUCAGGAAGAGGAAGAGGUGUACAGAUCAGGAGGAGUGAGAUUGCGGAGACGUCGAAGAGUAGAAGAGGAGGAUGAGGAAGAGGAAGAGGAGCCGCCGCAUGAGGCUGAGGAAGACGAAGAACGGUAUGCAGAGAGAGAUCGCGAUGGUGACGAAGAUGGCGAGGGCCAGAGAGGCAUGGAGGAAGAAGGUCAGAGGGAGAGGGAAGAGGGAGACGAAAGGGAGGAAGAGGAGGUGGUUGGUGAACGAGAGGAACAUCAGGAGGAGGAGGAGGAAGACGACCAUUUGCGCACGGAACGGACUGGCAAAGCACGUCCUCGUGCAGAUCUCUUUGGUGAAUCGGACGACGAAGAAGAAGAUGAGCAACCACAACAGAGAAGGGAGAAGAAGGAGAAGGAGGAGCUCCUCAAGAAAGCGAAGUUGAAGGCGAUAGCGGAGGAGCAGGCGGCGAAGAAGAAGAAGUUGGAGGAGGAGAUGAUCAGAUUGCAACAGGAGGAAGAAGAAAAAAGAAGGGCUGCCGAAGAAGCAGCAGCAGAGGAGGAGGAAGAAGAAGAGCCCCUAGAAAGGAGGCGUAGGGAAGAACGGGGAGAAAGUAGUGGCACAAAGUUAGAAGAUAAGUGGAUGGAGAAGAAGAUUAGCGAGUUGGUGGCUAAUUUAUCGCUAGGAGACGACGAAGGGGCACUGUUAUGUUUCUCGAAGAUCGAUUUGAAGUAUGGAUAUCAUCAGAUAGAGGUCCAUCCUGAUGACCAGUACAAGACUGCGUUCCGAACUAGAUAUGGGCACUACGAGUUCAUAGUGAUGCCCUUUGGACUAACCAACGCGCCUGCCACGUUCCAACGUUGUAUGAAUGAUUUGUUUAGGCCUUGGUUAGAUAGAUUUGUUGUAGUGUACCUAGACAAUAUAUUAGUAUUCAGUAGGACCCUCCAAGAGCAUCAAGGUCAUUUGAGGCAAGUCUUGGAGAAGUUGAGAGAUGCUAACUUCAAGAUCAAUGCGAAGAAGUGCGAGUGGGCCAAAACACAAGUCUUGUACUUGGGCCACGUUUUAGACGGGGAUGGCAUUAAGCCUGAGGACAACAAGAUAGCGACGAUUAGAGAUUGGCCGAUGCCCCGCACAUUGACUGAGUUGCGGUCGUUCCUAGGCCGAGCUAAUUACUAUAGGAAGUUCGUGAGGAACUUCUCGACUAUCGCCGCUCCCCUUCGCAGAUUGCUCAAGAAAGAGGCGAUCUGGCAGUGGGAUAAAGAUUGUACGUCUGCGCUGAAGAAAUUAAAGCGCGCAUCAAUAGAGUACCCUGUCCUCAAAGUAGCAGUUCCGUCUUUGCCAUUUGUCGUCACCACGGACGUGAGUCAGUAUGGUAUAGGCGCCUUGUUACAGCAGGACGAGAGAGAAUUGUCGUCACCACGGACGUGAGUCAGUAUGGUAUAGGCACCGUGAGUCAGUAUGCUACAGACCCAUAGAGUUCAUGUCAACGAGGAUGCCCUCAGAAAAGGUAGCUACCUCGACGUAUGAGAGAGAAUUCUACGCUCGCAGGCAGGCCUUAGAGCACUGGAAGCAUUACCUGCUUGGGAGGCACUUCAAGGUGUAUUCAGACCACGAGACACUUAGGUGGUUGAAGACAGGCCAAAAUGACACCUAAGUUGACUAGGUGGGCCGCUGAGAUAGACCAGUACGACUUUGAGCUCAAGCUUGUUAAAGGAAAGUACAAUGUAGUUGCGGACGCUC